AUGACUGAUAGGAUUAGCAAGUUGCCAGAUGAAGUUCUCUGCCAUAUUCUCUCAUAUCUUCCUACCGAAGAAGCUGUUGCCACAAGUGUUCUCUCCAAGAGGUGGAGACCACUUUGGCUUUCAGUCUCUAGCCUAGACUUUGACGACGAUCGAUAUCUUGAAGGAAAGGAAUUGAGAUCGUUUUCUUCCUUUGUCAAUUUCGUGUAUGCUGUCAUUCUCUCACGAGAUUAUCAUCAACCAAUCAAAAACUUUAGCCUCACAUGUAAGUCUGACGAGUGCCCAUAUUCUGAUGUCAAGGUAUGGUUAAACGCUGCAAUUCAACACCAGGUUGAGAACCUCGAAAUUGAGUUUUUCAAUUCAGAAGUGCCUUGCACUAUUCUCGGCUGCACAACGCUUGUUGUUCUCAAGCUUCGUGAGGCAUAUUUUGAUGUUUUUUCUUCAGUUGGUCUCCCCUCACUCAAAACACUACACUUGAAUGAUGUCGAGUUUUUGAACCCUCAAUCUUUGAUGGACCUUCUUUAUGGAUGUCCAGUUCUUGAGGAUUUGGAAAUACAUAACAUAGCUUUUGAUGACUCUUUAUUUGAGGGGAAGGUUACAAGUUUUUCCAAGUUGGUCAGAGCGAAGGUUUCAUAUUUAAGGGCGUUUCAUAUUCCUGUGAAAGCUUUUUCCAAUGUAGAGUUUCUGACCUUAGAUAAGUGCUGUGAUGGGAACAUUCCUGUAUUUUCUAAUUUAAUUUAUCUGGAGGUACACUCUAUUACAUGGAGUUUGGCGCUUGCUAUGCUCAAUCAUUGCCCUAAGCUUCAAACUGUUGACUUUAAUCUAAUUUCAAAUGAUGAUCACAAGGUUUGGCAAGACCCAUGUUUUGUUCCUGAAUACUUUGGUUCACAUCUUAGGAAGUGUUUUCUAAGAGGUUUUUCAGCAGACGAAUGUCAGAUGAGAUUUGCAAGAUAUGUUAUGCAAAACUCCACCUUGUUACGUACCAUGAUCAUUCGCACUCAAUAUGACCCAAAUCAUCAGAAAAAACUUGCCAUGAUAACAGAAUUAGCCUCAUACUCAUUGAGCUCUGCAGUUUGUGAACUUUUAUUUAAGUGA